AAAAGAGAGAAAAAUUUAUAAAAACCAAACAAACUUUUACAGAAACUCUCUCUCUCUUUAACUGAUCUUCCGCAAUCAUUUACACCUUCUCUCUUUCUCUCUCUCUCUCUCUCUCUCUGUGAUUCUCUCUGGCUUAAGACCCUGUUUGGAUCAGAGACCAAGAACGCCAACUACAAACCAACAAACACCAUGGUUGAAACAAGGCGUAGCUCCUCUGCUUCCAAACGUGGCCUCUCAUCUCCUCCUCCACCUAACCCAAAACGAUCCAAGGCUUCUGAGGCGUCUUCUUCGACCAACGAUGGUCGGAGCUCUCCACCGGUUGAGAACUCGGGUCCGGGUAAGGAAUCCGGGUCUGGACCUCAAGACUUGGAGCUGCAAUCCCCUGAUCCGUUGAGCACUGGUUCUCCUAAGCCCGUCGACGCAUGCGAUUCAGAUAAAUGUGUGGAUUUCGGCGGAGAUGGCGAGGUCUUGGUGUCUCCUCUGUCUCUAGGUGGAGCUGCUGUGGAUGCAGAGAAAUCUAAAGCGGCCGGGGUGGAGGCUCUUCGGGCAAAGAAGCGCCUUACCAAGCUGACAAAAUCCAGCCAGAAAGUCGCUUGGGGAAAGCUUCUUUCCCAGUGUUCUCAGAAUCCUCACCUGUCAAUGUAUGGUACUACUUUCUCUGUUGGUCAAGGCCGUCAAUGCAAUUUAUGGCUUAAAGAUCCAUCCAUUAGCAAUACAUUGUGUAAAUUGAGGCACAUAGAGCGUGAAGGUUCAUCUGUUACAUUACUGGAAAUCACAGGGGGUAAAGGUGCUGUCCAAGUGAACGGGAAGUACUAUAGAAAAAAUUCUAGUGUAAUUCUAAGCGGAGGCGAUGAGGUGGUCUUCACUUCUUCUGGAAAGCAUGCUUAUAUCUUUCAGCAACUCACCAAUGAUAAUUUAACUGCUCCUGGCAUACCUUCUGUGAGCAUAUUAGAAGCUCAGAGUGCUCCAAUAAAGGGGAUACAUAUUGAGGCAAGAUCUGGGGACCCUUCAGCUGUUGCUGGAGCAUCAAUAUUAGCAUCUUUGUCUAAUAUGCCAAAAGACUUGACCAUACUUCAGGCACCUGGUAAAACUAGUGAGGAUGUGGACCAGAAUACUGAAAUGUCCAUUCUACCUUCUGGCUGUGGAGGGUCAGAUGAUCAUACUCCUGACAUUGACAUGAAGGAUAGUGCUGAUAAUGAUCUUGCUGGUGUUUCUUCAAGAGAGAAAACCGUUGUUCCUUCUCCUGAUGCUGCCAAUGACCACCCCAAUCUUGGUAGCCUUGGAUUGGAUCCUUGUAUGGAUGCAGACAUUGGAAAGGUCCCUGCGUCAAAUUAUGAAUUAAGGCCACUCUUGCGAAUGCUUGCUGGUUCAUCUUCAGACUUUGACUUAAGUGGCAGUAUCACUAAAAUGCUUGAUGGGCACAGGGAAAUUAGAGAACUCAAGGAUUUUGAUCCUCCAAUUUCAGUAUCAACUAGAAGGCAAGCAUAUAAGGAUAAUUUACAACAAGGAAUUCUCAAUCCUGACAACAUUGAAGUCUCUUUUGAAAGUUUCCCAUAUUACUUAAGUGAUACAACAAAGGAUGUUUUGAUUGCUUCAACAUAUGUUCAUUUGAAGUGUUACAAAUUCACAAAGUAUGCCUCGGACCUACCUACUGUGUCCCCGCGUAUAUUAUUAUCCGGUCCUGCAGGUUCGGAGAUAUAUCAGGAAACUUUGGCAAAGGCACUUGCCAAACACUUUGGUGCUAGAUUGCUAAUUGUUGAUUCUCUUUUGUUGCCUGGUGGACCAACACCCAAAGAUUCUGAUUCUGUGAAGGAAGCUUCAGCUUCAAGGCCAGAACGAGCAUCGGCUUUUGUUAAACGAGCUGCACAGGCUGCUGGCUUACAGCAUAAGAAACCGGCUUCUAGUGUUGAGGCUGAUAUUACAGGUGGAUCCGCAUUAAGCUCUCAGGCUAUGCCAAAGCAGGAGGCAUCAACUGCAUCAUCAAAAAGUGCUACACUCAAAGCAGGUGAUAGAGUAAAAUUUGUGGCUACUGUACCUUCUGGAGUGGCACCACUACAAAGUUGUCCUCUAAGGGGACCAACAACUGGUUGUCGAGGUAGAGUUCUCCUUGCUUUUGAAGAAAAUGGUAAUUCAAAAAUUGGGGUUAGAUUUGAUAAAUCAAUUCCAGAUGGCAACAAUCUUGGUGGCCUUUGUGAAGAUGAUCAUGGUUUCUUUUGUUCUGCCAAUAAUUUACACCGCUUAGAUAGUUUUGGUGGUGAUGAUAUAGAGAAGCUUGCUAUUAAUGAGCUCUUUGAGGUUGCAUCAAAAGAAAGUAAAAGCAGUCCAUUAAUAUUGUUUGUGAAAGACAUAGAAAAGGCUAUGGCGGGUAGCACAGAAUCAUAUACGGUCUUAAAGGGUAAGCUUGAAAAUUUGCCGGAGAAUGUUGUUAUAAUUGGUUCCCAUACCCAGAUGGACAAUCGUAAGGAGAAGUCUCAUCCUGGUGGUCUUUUAUUUACGAAGUUUGGAAGCAACCAGACAGCGUUACUUGAUCUUGCCUUUCCGGAUAACUUUGGUAGACUGCAUGAUAGGAGUAAAGAAAUCCCAAAAGCAAUGAAGCAACUUUCUCGGCUUUUCCCAAACAAAGUGACAAUACAGCUGCCUCAGGAUGAAGCUGUACUUUCGGACUGGAAGCAGCAGUUGGAACGUGAUAUUGAAACUUUGAAAGCUCAAUCAAAUAUUGUCAGCAUUCGCUCAGUUCUGAACAGAAUUGGCUUGGAUUGUCCUGACCUUGAAACUCUGUGUGUUAAAGAUCAAGCCCUUACUACUGAAAGUGUGGAGAAAAUGGUAGGAUGGGCUCUAAGUUACCAGUUUAUGAAUCACUCUGAAGUAUCAGUCAAAGAUGCUAAACUUGUGAUCUCUGCUGAAAGCAUUAUGUACGGUCUGAACAUUCUGCAGAGCAUUCAAAAUGAAAACAAGAGCUUGAAGAAAUCACUGAAGGAUGUGGUCACUGAGAAUGAAUUUGAGAAGAAACUUCUUGCUGAUGUCAUUCCACCGACCGAUAUUGGGGUUUCUUUUGAUGAUAUUGGGGCAUUAGAAAAUGUAAAGGAUACCUUGAAGGAAUUGGUGAUGCUUCCACUUCAGAGGCCUGACCUGUUUUGUAAAGGACAGCUGACUAAGCCUUGCAAGGGUAUAUUGCUCUUUGGACCUCCUGGUACUGGGAAAACAAUGCUUGCAAAGGCAGUUGCAACUGAGGCCGGUGCAAACUUUAUCAAUAUAUCAAUGUCAAGCAUUACUUCAAAGUGGUUUGGUGAAGGGGAAAAGUAUGUCAAAGCAGUUUUCUCACUAGCUAGUAAAAUAGCUCCUAGUGUUGUUUUUGUUGAUGAGGUUGAUAGCAUGUUAGGAAGACGUGAAAAUCCUGGAGAGCAUGAGGCUAUGCGUAAAAUGAAGAAUGAGUUUAUGGUAAAUUGGGAUGGUCUGCGUACAAAGGAUAAGGAGCGUGUACUGGUACUUGCUGCUACUAAUAGGCCUUUUGACCUUGAUGAGGCUGUUAUUAGGAGGCUUCCCCGGAGAUUGAUGGUCAAUUUGCCAGAUGCCCCAAACAGAGAAAAAAUUCUAAAAGUUAUAUUAGCCAAAGAAGAGCUGGCAUCUGAUAUUGAAUUGGAAGCAAUUGCAAAUAUGACUGAUGGCUACUCUGGGAGUGACCUAAAGAAUCUGUGUGUGACUGCGGCUCACUGUCCCAUUAGGGAAAUUUUGGAGAAGGAAAAGAAGGAGAAGAAUGUGGCGUUGGCUGAGAAUAGGCCUUUACCUGCAUUGUAUAGCAGUGCUGACGUUCGUCCUCUAAAGUUGGAGGAUUUCAAAUAUGCACAUGAGCAGGUGUGUGCUAGUGUGUCAUCAGAGUCUACAAAUAUGAACGAACUCCUCCAGUGGAAUGACCUAUAUGGAGAAGGUGGAUCAAGGAAGAAGAAUUCUCUAAGCUACUUCAUGUAGAGGAGGUAUCUUUGUGUAUAGCAUUUCUUUAGAUUAUUCUUUGUCACCUUAAAUAGUGGCAAGAUUAGGGACUUGUAUGGAAAUUCCAUUGCAGGUCCUUCCACCCCCCCCCCCCAACUCCCCCAUUGUAUUAUAUAUAGGUUUUUUUCUCUCUUUUUUUUUUUUUUUUUCAACUUCAAUUUUCUGUUUCAAUCUUUUUUACCUUUUUUGUUAGGAAUGUUACUUUCAAAGCAGUAAAAUUAACUGUAGCAUCUUUUUGGUUACUUCAGGCCUUCCAGCCUGUACAUGCUUAAUUAAUAAGCAAUUUUUUUCCCCUAAAUCUUAUUUUUACCAGCAGUCAAUUUAUUCUCUGAAACAAAUUGUAAGUGUAGCGGAAUAAAUUGCAGGAAAAGUGUAUAUUGAUCAUGAUUCAUGUCAAUGAUCUUUUGUUCA